CGAUAUCGGAUACGCAUUAGAAGAUCACAAAGCGAGCGAUACCAUCAAGUUAAUCUGGGAUGCUAUCUAUUGGUUCACUUUUUAUCUCUCCUGGGUCCACGGACCAAUUAUGUCUGAAUAUUGGGCUUCUGGAGAGUUCACUCCAAAAAAGCGUUUUAAGGAAUCCUUGUGGGUCAAUGCCUCGUUUUAUAUCCGUAUCGUGAUUAUUGUGGGAAUCGCUGGACCCAUAUUCAUGAUUGUAAGCAAAACGUACGCUUUAUACUUAUUUUCCAUUUCUAAUUAUUGUAGUUCAAUUCAAGAGAUUCAGUCUCUGGUGAUAGCUCUCUCCAACUCCUAUGGUCUUGUGCUGGUUGUUCUUUUGCUUGGCCCGGGUCUGAUCGAGCUUCCGGUGAACCUUUGGCUUCGUCGCGACCUACAUCGUGAAUUACGCGUUUUGUACACCAAAGCGUAUCAGCUGGACAACGACAAAUACGAAUACGAAUUCAAAGUGGUUUCGAUGAAAAUGAACGUCCGCGAGAUCGAGAAAACGCUUACCUCCGCCAAGCGCAGCGCUGAGAUCCUCGAGAUUGUCUCAAACAUGUUGCAGAGCCUGCCGUCCGACGAGGAGAUCAAUUACAAGCGGCACAUGGCGGGGAUCGUGGAUAAAUCGGACUGGGUGCAGCUAUCGUUGAUGGACUGCAUGAGUAUGAUGGACAACGACGUGAUUUCCAUUCUCUCCAAGGUGCGUUCAUGUUCAUCAUCAUGUCACCGAUCAGCUGAACUCCAAGCUGAAGCGAACCUGCCUGAUGUUUGA